AAAAUAAAGUGGUGUUUUUUGUUAGUUUUACAAUUUUAAAUGUGAUUUUGUGAUUUUCUUUUGAAAUAAUAAUACUUCGUGAAAUAUAGUCAAAAAUCUUUUCGAAGAUUAAAUAAGAAAUAAAUAAUGGCGAUAAAACUAAUAUUCUAUGGUCUGUUAAUAAUACAUCUGUAUACGGGUGUGUCAUGUGACAUAUUAGAAGAAUUAAAAGCAUCUUCAAAUAAAUAUACUCCAUGUUGUGCUGAACUUCCAAAUAUUAUAGAAAAUAAGAAAUGUAUAAAUAAAUCAGAAAAUGAUUUUAAAUGUGAACAUGGAAAGUAUGCGAUUCAUGAAACCGAAUUAAAAUUUAAAAAUGGAAGUAUAUAUAUAAACACUUAUGAUGAUAACUGGGAAGGAUUCACCUCAGAUUAUUGUUUAACAACAAUACGUAACAAAGGAAUUGAGGAAAUUUCUGCACUCGUUUGUUUUCCUGAUUACGAAACGGAAUACUUACAAGGUCAAUUUUCAAUAACAAAUCCACGAAUUAUCAUCUCAAUUAUUAGUGUUAUCUUUGCACUGUUAACAUUUUUGGUAUAUUGUCUUGUUCCUGAUUUACGAGACUUACAGGGAAAAUGUAUAAUGUCAUUUUUAAUAUGUUUAUCGGUUGGUUAUACGUGGUUAACCAUUAACCAAUUAAAUGUACUGGAUAAUGAAAGCCCAUUUGUAUGUUACAUGGAAGCUUUUAUGUUAUACUUCUGGAUGAUCGCAACAUUUUUCUGGUUGAAUGUAAUAUGUAUAAAUGUUUGGCGUAAUGUGAGGUUACAUCAUAUUACAAUAUCCGAUCCGACCAUGUUCAAAAUAUUUAAUUUUUAUGCAUGGGGAAUGACUGCAUUAAUGUUUCUCAUCCUGAUAGUGGCACAUCAUACACCCAGUGAUUUUUUGAAUCCAAAUAUUGGCGUUACUACAUGUUGGUUAAGCGGCGAUCUUGAAAGUUGGACAUUUUUCUAUGGACCGAUAUUAUGUUUGCUCAUAAUAAACACAAUAUUAUUCAUUAUCACUGGUUUAUACUUGUGGAGUGAUUACAGUGGUCUUGCACCAACAUCUAAAAUCGUUUCUCAUCGUUAUAAAUGUCUUUUGUACUUAAAAAUAUUCAUUGUAAUGGGUGUAACAUGGCUGUGCGAGCCAAUUUCAUUUUUGGUCGAUACAGUAAAAGAAGAUCCCAAAGAAGAAUACAUAUUAUUGAACAUUGUCGAUUAUAUCAAUUUAUUACAAGGUGUAUUCAUAUUCAUCAUAUUGGUAUUAACACGUAAGCGUGCUUUACGUGGCUUAGCACGUACUGAAAUAUGUGGUUAUCGUUUAGCACCAGCAUCAUGUGCAACCAUGGAACGUUUAGAAGAAGAUUUUGAUGAAAUACUUGAAAACGAUUUAGAACGUAAUGUCAAUAAUACAAUAAUAUCAGCAGAAAUUAAGUGAUUUUAUACCAAAAAAUAAAUAAAUAUAGGCGGCCAUAGUGUAAAGUGAAGUGCAUAACUGAGUGAAGUGGAAGUGAAUAUAACGUAUCUCUACGAGAGACUUAGAAGUUUUCUAUUUGUAUUAUUUAUUAAGGAAUCGAAAUAUUUCAAUUUAUAGUCAAUGGAUGUGGUUUCAAAGUAGUCCGGUCGUUAUCGCUGUUUUAGCUGUGAGACAAAAAUGGGGUGUAUGGGGGGCGUCCGCAUUUAAAAAGCACGUGGUAAAAGCGGAGUAUUUUUUAACCACAGUCCCGCAUAAAAAAGUUUUCGUUGAAGACGAAAGAGGAAGAUAAUAAUAUACAAAAAUAUAUAUGUAAAAAAAAGAAUUUGAAUUAAGGUAAUACCAGCAUGAAAUCACUUGCUUCUCCAAACUGAAGCGAUUUGGAAAAUCACCGCCAUAGCUAAAGAACACGCUCAAAAUCGGUCCAUUUGUUUAGUCGCUACGAUGCCUCACACAGACAGACAUCCACGACGAUCAAAAUUUUAUCACCCCUUCUUUUGGUUCGGGGGUUAAAAAAGGAGAGUUGAAAGAAAUGCUUUUAGAAUAGCAUAAAAAACUAGCACCACGCCGUUUUGUUUUCGAGAUAUUAAUUUUGACGUAAAUUGGUCAAAAUUGGGAUCUUAGGCAUAAUUAUCUCGUGUUUUAAACAGUCAAAACCUCUGAAACUUUAAGAUUGAAUAUUAAGCUCUAUUAAAUUCUUAAAUUUAAUUUCUGUCGAAAAAAAUUUUACCUUUUAGCAUAAGAAUUGCUAAUUCCAUGCUGGUAAUACUUUAAAUCAAUAGACCUUUUCAUUUUAAAAAGUGAUUACCUUUUGUU